AUGAGCUUCUCUUCCGCCAAUGUCCCUAUAGCAAGGGACACCUGGGCCCCGAAAUCACCUCCACCUCAACCCCUUCGACCAUCAAGUUCGCUCGCAUACGGUAUCAUCUCGCCAUCUGCUGGUACCGCUUCAAGCACUCUGCCUACUGGAACGAUCUCAAAGCCGAAGUUUCCAGCAUAUGUGCCGAGGACAGCAACAAAGCUAGCGUCGGUCUUGCCGGCGGCGGCUAAUGCGGGCCCUUCCUUUCAGCCAGGCGGUCAGCCUUCGGGGUCGACAGCUCCGCCAUCACAGCCUGCGGGGAUAGCGAAUGGGGUUCAGGGGCAAGGACAUGGAGAAGGGAAAGAGCAGAGACGGGGGGAUGCACAAGGGAGAUCCGCAGAUACGUGA